AUGCAAUACGACACGUCCAGACGCCAGACAAUCGAGGAACGUGAAGCAGAACGUCAAGCCUCCAGCCGCUAUCUGCUCGGUCUCCAGGCCAGCCUUGUCACUGCCAAAGCCCGUACCACGGCCAACACGAGUGCCAGCCUGGCGACCAACGCCACACCCAUCCUCGCCUCGGCGACCACCAUCUCCGCCCCAAGCAGUCCUGCCCUGCUGGUGCUACCUCCGAUUUCCAUGGGCCCACAAACCGGCCUCGCCAGACCUCAACUGGGCGAACCAUUCGAUGCGCAUCUUCCAAUGCCUCUGCAGACCUCCGCUCUCUCUCUCACCUCCCCUCCCUCCGCCCCCUUUUUCCCCCACUCGUCUUCCCUACCACCGCCCACUCCGUCGCCUCCGCCUCCGCCUCCGCCCUCUUCGCCUCUUCUCCAGACCGCCCCAUCGACUCAACCACCUUCAGCCGGUCUUCUGCCCAGCCUCAUCUUCGCCCCGACCCUUCCGACGCCCGCCUCCGUCCGAAGCCUCCAUCUGCCAGGCAGCCCCCAACCCGUCGGCGAGUCCAGCCUCUCCUCGUCCGGACUGGCCGAGUUGAUGGCUCGUCUCACCGGCUCUUCGCUGUCCGGCCACGAGUUGGCCGCUUCGUUGGCCGCAUGCUUCACCUGCCUUCAGGCGCAAACCUCGUGCCCAACCGACGAGACCACCGCCGGCGUCGAGUCCGCCUCGACCGCCUUUUGUCCUGCCAGUUGGCCGAGCCAGCCGGCCGGUCCGCAGCUCUGCAACGGCACCUGCGAGACAGCCCAUCUGCCCCAACUGGACAAGAGUUGUUCGAGCCAACUGAUGUUCAUACGUCGGCUGUUGGCCCAUUCUGGUGGCGUUGGCGACCCCGGCCCGAGGACUCAAACCGUCAAGUUGCUGCCCCCCUCGAUUGGUAGCCACUCCAGCAACCGGUCAUCACCGCAGGACAAUCACAGUCCAGAUUACGGGCAAGACCAAUGGUACACGGCGCCACACACACACACGUCCAGUGGAUUCUCCAAACUGUCUACACCAGCCUCGUUGCCGGUCCAGAAGUCUGCCGCCCCCCACUCCUCCAUGGCAACUAUGCCGGCAACACAAUCUCCCGAUUUCCUCCCCCACUCGGCAUAUCUUUGCCCCGAUCUGCCCAUUUCUCUCUUCACCUCCACUGCUGCCGCGUUACAACAGCAACAGCAAUCCCAUCGCCAGUACCAACAACAACCACAACAUGGCCAGGAUCCAGAAAGCACCGAAAGCUUCCGCCUGCAGCAGGCGAUGCAGUCACGUUUGGAUGACGUGAUCCGGCUCUCCGACGUCUCGGCUGGCAACAUUGACGUUGAAUUCGAGCUGCCUCAGACAAUGAACCACCAAAAGUCGAAUGCAUUUCUCGUAAUGAGCCCGUCGCAGCUUGCCAGUUUCGCUCAUUUGACGCCAGCACAGUCUCUGCAAAGCUAG